AAAGUCACCAAUAGCACCUAAUAAUUAUAUUAUAACAUAUAUAUUUUCUGAGAGAACGAGCUUGAGCACUUUUCCAACAAUAUUUUGGGUAAAAAUAUAUUAAUCAACGGUUGAGAUUGUAAUAUGACUCCAAGACCAGAGAAAAAAAUAUUUUUUGCCGACCCAUUACAAGAUGAAGACAUAUCAAGAAACGAUCCUAGCAAUGAUAAGGAGGAACCUGAACUUAAAAUUGAACCUUCAGAAGUCACUGAAAUAAUUCCAAAAUGUUGUGAAUUUGAUAAUCAAAUUAAAUUGCUUAGUGAAGCAUAUCACUUGGUAUAUGGAGGUCCAACGAAUUUGUUGAAUGAUUCAACUAAUUUAACAGAAAUUAAGACUCCUAUGAACAAUACCGUGCUACAUAUUGCAUCUUUGUAUGGCAAUGAUGAAAUUGUGACACUUAUAAUUGAACAUUCUCCAAAUCUUUUGUUCAAAUUUAACAAAAACAAUGAUAGUGUCUUACAUGUUGCUGCAAGAGGUGGACACAUCUCAACCGUUAAAAUACUAUUAGCAAGUUAUGCUAAUUUUAAAAAGACGGAUAUAGCCACUGCAUGGUUAGAAUACACUGAGGAUGGUGAUUUAGAAGACUAUGAUGCCACGUCAAAUAUGAAGGACCUAUUAAAAUUUGUGAAAAAGGAGAAUAUUCAAGGAAACACUAUGUUCCAUGAGGCAAUGUUAUGUGGUGACAAGAAAAGCAUUGAUAAGUAUAAUAAUAUUUUCAAAAUUUGUGAAGUUUACUAUACAAAUGAUCGGUUUGGGAAAUCAUUGUCAAUGUGUUGUUAUGAAUAUGCAUUAAAUAUUGUUAACCAUGCAAAGAAAUCAGUGCUUUACAUUGCGGUUGAGAAUGGAGAUCAGGAUGCAGUCAAACUAAUCUUGGAGAAAUGCCCUAAGAAUGAUGCUAAGCCGGAGGGAUUAUCGCCGGUUGUUGCAGCAAUUAUGAAGCAUAAUCAAGAAAUAUUGAACCUCAUACUGAAAAACAAGCCAACUUGGAUCCAUUCAAGGGACAAACAUGAAAGGCUUCCUCUUCAUUAUGCAGCAUCAAUAGGUUAUCUUGAAGGUGUUGAUUUAUUACUUAUGAAAUGUAAAUGUUGCACAAUUCAAAGAGACAAAUAUGGAUAUUUCCCAAUUCAUCUAGCAUCUUAUGGUGGCCAUGUCGAAGUAGUAAACAAGUUUUUAGAAUAUUGUCCAGAUCCAACAGAGAUGCUUGACACUUCUCAUCGACGUAAUAUUCUUCACAUUGCAUCAAACCAUGGAAAACAUGAGGUGGUAUGCUAUAUACUACAAAGUGAUCAAGUUCGUAAACUUGAUAAGAAUCAUAAGAUGAUAAAUCAAAAGGAUAGUGAAGGAAAUACUCCUUUGCAUUUGGCUGCGAAAUCAUGUCAUCCUAAAACCGUUUUUUACUUAACUUGGGAUCAAAGAGUGGAUCUUGAUGUUACUAACCAAAACAGCGAAACACCUCUUGACGUUAUUAAUGCAACUUCUCAACUGAGAAAUCCGUCCACGAGACAGCAACUUACUCGUGUUGCGCUAAAUUCUGCUGGUGCAAAACCAAGUGACACAACAGACUCUCCAAAAUUGAUCAAGCAGAGUAAUGAGAAGAAGGAAUCUGAAACCGAAGUACAUAAAGAACUAAUUAGUGACUCAAAGAAGUCGAAUGAGAGUAUUGAAAAGUCGAAUGAGAGUAACGAAAAUGUCUCCAACACACCACAAUAUUUCUUUUUGACAGGCUCCAACACACAUUAUAAAGACAGGGUUGAGACACUUACAUUGGUUUCAACUCUUAUAAUCACUGCAUCAGUAGCUGCAUGUUUUGCUGUUCCGGGUGAAGCAGAAGGAAAGGCACACAACCUAUAUCAUGCAAUGUUUCAAUUGUUCAUCUUCUUCAUCACAAUAUCAUUGUUCAGUUCCAUUAGUUCCACUAUCAUGCUCUUUUGGACAACACUUGGAUUAUCUCAAUUGGCAACUUUCUCUCUCAAAAUUGUUAUGCCACUUCUUGGAAUUGCUCUCAUUUCACUAACUUUGGCUUUCAUGGCUGGUCUCUACACUGUUAUCGGUAAACUUACUUGGUUGGCCACUCUCUUUCUGGUUGUGAGUGUGAUUUUUGUUUUGCUUGUGAUUCUCUUGUACACUGUCCUUUUCCUCCCCUCGUCGUCAAGUAGAAAGUUCUUCCGAUACAUUUCCUAUUACCCCUUUCUUUUCCUAGCAUGGCUCGCAGAAUAAAUUCGAUCCUCUGCAAUGGCUGCACAUAUAUUGAAUUUGAAUAUGUUGGGGUCGACAUUAAAUUAAAUAAAUUCCACUUGAAUGUAAUAUAUAUUGUUCUUUUUGGAAUAUAAAUAAAUGUAAUAUAUAUUGUUUCUACAUAUCCACAUGAAUUUCUCUUUGUAUUUAUGAUAACGAUGAAUACAUCAAUGUAUACCAAAGAAAACUGUUAAAAUUAACAAGUUUUCUAUUUCUUU